AAAAGUUAUUGGCUUUAACAUCGCCCCAAACUGUCGCAGGCAGGGAAUCGAUUCGAGUCUCACGCCAGAAAAAGGCGUCAUUAAAAGGUGAAGAAGGAACUCCUCUCUCGGAGGAGAUGCACAGAGGAAGCCAGCAACAAGUGCCGGCCCUCGGGCGCCCCGGGGAGCUGGCACCGGCUCUGGCUCAGCCUGCGGUGGCUCCUCUCCCUCCCUCUUUGGCACACAUGUAACACGAAACUUCGCAUCUCCACGACAACCACCAACAAAAAAAAAAAAAAAAAGAAAGGCAGAGACAACAGCUGGCUGUCAGCAGCGGAGCAGAGAGGAGCAGAGCGAGCAGCGAGCCGCAAGCCAGGAUGAGGGGAGAGAUGACGUGAAAGUUUAAGAAGACGAAAGAAAAACAAGAGGAGAAGCAGAGCCCGCGGUCGGGAGUCAAGAACAGAAAACACAAAUCAUUUCACCUCUGCCUCUUCCACCAUCUCUUAGAAUGGAAACAAAAUUGAAAACCUGUUGACACAGAAUCCUGCAGCACUAAGGAUAAAGCAGCCGUUCUGGAGAAGCUCACUUGGGCAUAAAGCCUGGAGAGGUUGUGACAGAAUGUCUUCUGAAGGCUUUCUGAAGGAAGUUCAAGCCAUUGCUGAGAAGUUUCUCCUUAAGCUCCAGAAACUGCCCAAGGCUGAGCCAGUGGAGAUUGUCAGCUUUUCUGUGGUUCUUCUGUUUAUUGUUACUGUGCUGGUGCUCACGAUCAUUGCCUGCAGUUGCUGCUGCUACAGCUGCUGUGGCUGUGAUGGACGCCCUGAUCCCAGACGCAAGAGCCAAGUCAGCCCAGCUGCCCAUAUAUGAAGUGACACAAGGACAUGCUAUCGAGGACAUGCAUGGACAUCAUGAUUCAGUGCUAUGGGAAUGACUUUCCACACUAGCCCACUGAAAAUGGCAAUAAGAAUAUUAACUAACAUGACUCAAAGGACCAGAAAUCACAGCGUGGAAUUCCGUCUCUCUGUGACAGCUACUACUGUGACCAGAAAGGUAAAGCUCCUUUACCAUCACUGUGUCCUUCUUCUGGGCCAGGAUGGGGUGGGAGGGCAUGGACACAGAUUGCUGAGAAAAGAGAGAGCUUUCCCAAAGACAGCCCUGCAGCUGGGCCAGCUGAGGAUCCCCCCUGGGACACAGAACCACGGAGCAAAGCAGAGGCCACGCACACAGCCACACAUGAGGCACUGCCUGCUCUCCUCACCAGAAGAAUGCUACUGGGCAUUAGCAAAACCCACUGACACCACUGUGAGGUCCAAUUGCUCAGGUCAUCAUGGAUCAAGGCCAAAUCUGCUGCAGGAGACACGUUUAGCUGAGAUACCUGCUGGAAAGAACAAAUGGUGGACCCUCUCAUCCAGAUGUGCCAGCUGAGGCUCUGAGUACAGCUGGUAACAGCUGCCCCCAGUGUCAUUUCAUUGGUGAUAUGAUGAUGGGAAAUUGCCAAAGAAAAAAACAGGUCACGUGAAAUAUUCUUUGUAAAUAGAAAAAUGAAGGCAAAAGGGAAAAACUCAUCAAUCCUAUGGCUUAUUUUGAUCAUUCUCUGCUCAAUAUGCUCCCUCUCCACCCCUUGUGGUUCCUAUUCUUCUGCUUAUUGCAGAUGAAAGGUUCUUGCAGAGCAUGGGAGCUCCAGGAGAUGAACAAAUCCCAAUCCUUACUUGAGGGAUCUGUGUGCUUGACUCCCUGCACUGUGUGCAGUUUAUUUCAGUAGACAUGAACAUGAUGCCAAGGGUGUGUUUAUGAGCAAGCACAGAGGCAUUUCAGAGGAGUGACACAUGAUGGGAGCCAUCACUUCAGGGUAUGUGUGCAGCAGCUGACAGCGGGCACUGUGACAGAGCAGAGCCAAGAAUGGGCUGUUGGGCUGGAGUUACCAAGUGCAAAUAAAUCCCUUUUCCAUGCUGCAGCCACUGUGUAUGUUUGGUUUACACUCCGGUGAACUUCCGAAAGGGAUUUACCGAUGUACAAGGCUGUGGCGCAGGCCACGACUUCCACAGCACAAGAAGGCCACAAGUCUGCACUAAACUCUGAACCACUGGUGUUUCAGCCCCAAAUGGGAGACCAACCAUCUUUGUGAGAAGCCCAAAGAGGCAACUUCCAGGCUACCUCUACAAGUCUCCAGGUACAGCAAGGGAUCCCCUCACCACAGGCCAAGAUCUCUUGGAGGAGUGAAGAGGAGGCAACAGAGGAAAUACCUACUACAAACCACAGCAGCUUCAGCAGGGUGGAAGCCAGCAUGUCACUAGAGCAAGAGGCAUCCUCAGAUCUGCAAGACCUAAAGAGACUGAUUGCAACAAGUGAUUGGGCUCUUGGAGGGCUGGUGGUGAUUGCCAUCUUCUGUUUUGUUUUCAUUGCUCUCAUUUUAUUUGCUGUUAUCUUUGGGUGCUGCACAUCUCCAAGGCACAGACAUCGUGGCUCAUAGACAGCAAAGCGGGGACACAGAACUUGAUACAGCUGAGUGAGAACCAGCCUGGGUACAACCUGAUUGUUGUUCACAGAAAACUCCCAUCUCACUCCCUGGGUGGUUAUUUCUCUCCAUGCAACUUCCCUGCAUCAAGAGCAACGUCCCAAUGCAGGAAGUUGUUCUGCAGGCCACAGCAAACUCAGUACAUGAGGCUGUCUGGAUUCAGGAACUGCAACACUUGGCAAAUAUCAAAGUAAACUCAUCUCUGACUUUCAUCUUUCAAGCAAAACCACCAGCUAGAGGUGGCAAAUGGUGCCACCACCUAAAGUUGAUAAAGAUGUGUUCUGCUGCUGCAGCUAUGUGUGUUGGGGUUUUUUUUCAUCUUGCAAAAGGGCAGUAGGAAACUCUGGCCACUGAAAGCUUUGUCUGAACCCACUCUCUAAAAGCUUAGACCAUUGUUCUCCUGUCAUAC